AUGCGUUGGGGCAUUCCGAUGGAGCGGCUCUACUUUGUGCGUGCGCCUGACUGGAGAAGCCCCAAGAAUGUCAGCAUGCCAGAUUUCGUCAGGGCUGCAGAGCUGUCAUGGGCUUCGGUGAUGACUAGGGAGCAGGGCUACACUCCAUGGGUAGACUUCCAUGAUGGCCAUGAGCAGGUCACCAUGAAUAUUGACAAUUUCAAAGAGGACGCACACCCGUUGCAGUAUUACAACCAAGUGUCCAGAGCGUAUAUCCCUAACACGACUUGGACCAUGGAAUGGCUGGGAUCGGAGUUUAAACGGGACACAUCUGACUAUAUGAAAUCUGCAACCUACGACGAUCCAGAUACCUGCCGUAACAACGCUGGCUUCGAAAAGCCAAACCGAACAUAUUGGAAAAGUACCUUUGCUGUUGCAGAUGCACGGGCUGCUCGCGACUAUGCCAUUCGAGUCUUGGGCGCUCAGCAUGUAGGUGAGCCGUACCCUUGGCCGCCCCUUGACAACUGCAUCGCUGCGCAAUGGGUGGUCUUACCACAGUCGUCAUUUCAGCUGCACUUCGUAGAAAACCCCGUCUAUGAAUCCAUGCUGCUCAACAUCUCGGAGUUUCUCAUGUACCAGCAGGACUUUGCACAAAGGCACACAGAAUGCAUCAACAGCUUCAUGCUGAACAACCUGGUACUUCAGACAACAUCCUUGGAUCCCUUCAUCCGGCGUCUAGAGGAUGAAGCCACCCCGUAUUUUGUCUUCGACCUGGGCAAUCUCUAUGCCCUGAUGUUCUCUUUUCCCGGCAACGAAGGUGUGACCCUCCAACUACAAAGCACGCACGUCAGUUGGGCCGUACCAGUGCCCCUCAAGUUGUGCAGUUGA